AAAGCAGAAGUAAAUACUUUUAUCAUACCACAAAGAAGGAAGGCAAACUAUACUGUAGAUUUCACUGUUUUUAGCUUUUAUGAACGUGCAAAGUAUAUGGUACUUUUUUCAGCAUGUGGAGCUUUCUAGUUGUCCUGUCCUGCAUAUUUACAGUGGUUUCUUUGAAUCCUGUAACUGCUCCAGUGGGAGGGAACGCCACAUUUCGGUAUCAUUUUCUGGCCAGUGUAAACAUCAAAUAUUUCUGCAGAGAUUCUUGUGAGGAUGAGUUUAUUCUCAUUCGAUCUAAUAAAAAACAAAACCCGACUCGCACAGACAGAUUCACUCUAUAUGAUGAAGGCUCAGACUUCACUGUGACCAUCACACGCCUGCAGCUUUCAGACUCUGGCACUUACAUUUGUGCAGUGGACAGACUUAUUAAAGACACUUACAAACAUGUGACUCUACAUGUAUAUGAGGUCUCUAUAUCAACACCUGUUCCAUCAAGUGCAUCCAGUCCAUCUGCAAGAACAACUAGGAACACAAUAGAGAAUAAUGGAAAAUCCGUGACGAUGCAGUCGUCUGCAGACACAUCACCAGAAACCAUGCAUGGAUCAGCACUGUCUGCUGUUGUUGUAGGAGCUCCAGAUACAGUUACAGGACACAGAGGAGAGAGAGUUGAGAUCAGAUGCUCAUAUGAAUCUGGAUAUGAAUCAAAUUCAAAGUAUUUUUGUAAAGGCAAGUGUAGCUUUGGAUUUAAAAACAUCAUGGUUGAAUCAGGAUCUGCAGCUAAAGACGAGAGAUUCUCUCUGACUGACGACACGACGAACAGAGUUUUCACCGUCACCAUCACUGAUCUGAGAACAGAGGAUGAAGGACAAUACUGGUGUGCUGUGAAGAGGGGGACUUUAACUACUGAUGUCUAUUCAGAGAUUUUGUUGCUGGUUAAACAGGAUAAGAAGACGACUGAAGUUUCAACUAUCAGCCCAUUUUUAUCUACAAGCACAUCAGCUCCAUUGACUCCUCAAGUCCCUUUACCCCAAACUUCUUCACUUGACACAGGUUCAUUUGGUAUCAUCAUCGCAGGAGUUUUGGUUUUUCUCCUGAUCGGUGCUGUAUUGCCUAUUGUGGUCGUACGAAAGAAAAAGUUGACUUGUGGUCUGGUCUCCUCCUCCACUGAAGCACUUCGUCACACAUUUAGAGGAGAAGAGAAUGACUAUGAAGGGAACCCGACUGUCCUGCCGAACUCACACACAGCUCAAAGUGAUAAUAUUUCUGCAGCAAAUGAGUUUCACAGACCUGUGAACACAGAACCAGCCAACACUGACCUCGACUACACAAAUGUUACUUCUGCAGCGACAAACAGUCAGAAUCUGGAUCAGAUCUACACAGAACUCAACGCUAGUAGACAAAGUCACAUUUAUCAGUGUCUUAGAGCUGAUUCUGCUAGAGAAGAGUCGAUCUAUCACAACACUGAUUGAACGAUUGACUGAACACAAUUGAACAAUCAAAACUCGAAUUUUGCUUUACGCUGGGUUCACACUACACAAUAUUUUUCUCCGUUGUGAUAGUCACUGUGUCAGAUUAUGCAAUUUUGAUUCCUAAAUUCUUGUCAUGGACAAGAAACAUGUAAGACUACAUGUUGCUUCCCCGCAAAUCAUCGCUUGCCGUCUUUAACAAGAGUGAUAUCAAGAAGUUGUGUAUGGGUGUGUUUGCUGUGUAUGGAAGAGCUUCUGUGCUGCUAUUGGUCAAUAUUAGAGAUGUAUCAGAACUCGUCGUGGAGGACUGAAAUAAAUAAGCAUGCUAGUCUUUCUGUGGGGACAUCAUGAAGAGUCUCAGACGCAGCGUUAGUUGUCGUUCACUGUGACACACUAUAUGGGGUAAAACGAUUGAUUCUUGCUCCCCGACUCCCAUUGUCAUUUACGAAACACCACAACACUCUACAUCAAAUAGAUUGUGUCUGAUAUUGUGUAGUCUAAACCCAGCUUUUGUUGCUUAUGAAUGUUGCAUAUAAUUUGAAAAAUGCUACAGCAGUCUUAAUAUUCUAGGUCUGAUAAAUAUAAAUGGGUGUAAAUAUAUUUUUUCUUUUCUUUGUCGUAAACUCAAGCAGUCAUUGAUAGUAAACGUACUAUAAAGAGCGAUGUUCACUAAUUAGGGAGUGGUUAAUCAGGACUAUCACUUAAUGAUUGGCUGAUGACUGAUGACAUCACAAGAAACAAAGCUUUCUCAAACUUUUCCUACACUCUAAAAAUGCAGUUGUUUCAACCCAAAUAUGGGUAAAUUAUAGACAAUCCCAACCGUUGUGUUAAAUUUUAAAAUGAUUUUUUUUUUUUACGCAAUGGUUGGGUUUGUCCAUAUUUUACCCAAAUUUGGGUAGAAACAACCCAGCAUUUUUUAGACUAUAAUGGCUUUUCUGAGCUGACACUUUAAAGAUAGUGCACAUCUACUGUAACAUUAUGAAAAAUCUUCAAUGUAAAUGUUGCAAAUGAAAAAAAAAAAAAGUGUAUAUGUAUUUUAUAUAUGUAUAGGAAGCACGUUUUGAAUGGAUGUCAAUGGAGAACGAUACUUUACAGCCAGGUGGUGGGCUAAUGAGUUCUUGCUAACCAGCCAAACCAUGACCAUUCGGCAAGAACAGGGUUAGAUUUGACAAAUUAGCUUUUGAUCGAGAAUUUAAGUGACUUUUAAUUGAGUUGUAAGAUGUGUGGAGAUGCUGUAUGCGUUAUACAUUUCUGACAUGACAACUCUCGGAGCGUUUGGCAUGGUAAUGGGUAUGUCCAAGUUGAUAUGUUUGUUCUUGGUGGAAUAGAUCUGCUGCUGCUGCUGAGCAAGUACAGGACUUUCUACUGCCAGUACACACAUGACAUGCUGCUGCUGUACAAUAUAGCGUACAUGAAUUACCCGUAGCAGAUCUAUACAGGUGGAGCUGGGGGAGGGGGAGGGUUUCUGAAAGCGCGCCGCACUGCUAAGGCAAAUGCUACGAAGUGUUUGAAUGUUGAGUAUGCGAACUUAAUGGCUACUGAAACAGCAGGAAGCAAUCAGCUGUACCCUAUAGAGAAUGAUGUGAUUGUAAGCCGAUUGAGUAAAGGACCUAUUAGUCUGCGCCAUCUAGAGGAAGUCUCCAUGUUCAGUCAUGGAGGGCCGAUGUCGUGCAAAGUUUAGCUCCAACCCCAGUUAAACACACCUGAAGGUAAUCAAGGUCUCACUAGGCAUACAAUGGGUGCUUCUCAAUAUCCCACCUCGCUCCUCCGUCCUCCAUCCUAUGACCCGGAAACAGAUCAAGCUCAGUAUACAUUCUCCUCCCCCUUCAUAUCUGUCACAAUAAUUUAAAUGUAUGCUUUACUUUUGAAGUUUAAAUAAACUUUACAUCUCACGUAUUUUAACGGGGCAUCAUGCUUUAUUAACAUAUUAUAUAUAUAUAUAUAUAUAUAUAUAUAUAUAUAUAUAUAUUUUUUUUUUUUUUUUUUUUUUUUUUUUUUUUAAAUAACCAAACUUUAACAACACGUGGGUAGAUCCCUCGAGUACAGCUGAUGACGCUUUGAAGUGACGCUAAAGGGAGCGAGGAUAUCAUUACACUUGAUUCAAUUCCUCCAUCCUCGAGUCUUUUCCUUGCAUCCUUCCCUCACAUCCUGAAAGGGUGGAGCUAAGACGCGAGGAAAGGAAACAAGGAUGCACAAAUAAGAAUUGAGAAGCACCAUAUAAACUUUCAGGCAGGUGUGUUGGAGUUGGUUGGAGCUAAACUCUGCAGGACAGUGGCCCUCCAGGACUGAGUUUGGAGACCCUUGAUCUUGAGCAGGGGUGCCCAACCCUGUUGCUGGAGAUCUACCUACCUGCAAUGUUUAGCUCCAACCCUGAUAAAACACACCUGAAUCAGCUAAGACCUUCAGGAGCACUUUAUAAUUACAGACAGGUGGCAGGGUUGGAGCUGAACUCUGCAGGGAGGUAGAUCUCCAGGAACAGGGUUGGACACCCCUGAUCUCGAGUUUCAUGACAGAACUUUGUAUUUAUACCAAGCUUUUUCUUUUUCUUUUUUUAAACAACUACACAUGUAAAUGAAUUAAAACGACAAAAUCCAGGUUAGUUCAUCUUUCAUACGUACACAUAGUCUGUAUUAUGUCAUUAUGAAGUCUAAAGCAAUGUCACUUUGUCAUUGUCUUGUGUCUGUAGCCUCCAUGAUUAAAUAAAGAUGGAAGUGUAAUGCA